CCGGAGGCCGGGGCCGGGGCCGGGGCCGGGGCGGGGCAGAGCCGCUGCCCUGCAGGCUGGGGCAGAGCCCUGCGGCAGCCACCGCCAGAUGGAGCCGGCUCACCGUGGGAACAAGGACCAGGGACAGGCCUCGGCCAUGGGGGCCCCGUCUCUAUCGCCGCGGGGCUCCAUUACCGCCACCUCCCCGGGACCGUUCGCUCCCCUCGUGGCCCCGUUCGGUGCAGAGGGCUCAGUUCGGUUCCAGCCCGAGGGCUCCAGUGGGCCCAUCUCAGCAGCGUACCCUGGGGGGAACCUCCCCCUGGGGCACAGGGGCUCCAGGCCCGACACCCUCUUUGACCCUUUCCGUCCCGUCUCCCCUCGCUCGCAGCCCGAGGGCUCCCAGCACGUGGGGCCUGAGGAGAGGUCCCCGGGCAGACACAGCCAGCCCCAGGCGCUGGAGAGCGGCAGAGCCCAGCCCGACGGCUCAGGCGGGGCCCAGCUAUUCAACCUGCUGUCCCCGGUGGAGUUCCGCCCGCUGUCCCCGGGCACCGGCAGCCCCUCCUCCCACCCCAGCCCGGCGCCCGCUGGGAAGCUCAGCCAGUCGCCCAGCCGAUCCGCGCUCCCCGAACUCUGCCCCCUGGAUCAAGGGCCCUCAAGGAAGAUGCUCCCUGUGGAGUGGAAAGAGACCCUCCCCAAGGCAGAGUCCAGUGACUACAUCUCCGGGGGGAGAAGUGGCUCGUCCCCCAGACCCGUGAGCCUCCCCAAAGCCAUCUCCAGCGAGUUCCUCUCCGGGGCAAGGAUCGGCCCCUCCAAGUGCAUGACCCUGGCCAAGGCUGAGUCCGAGGAGUUCCCCUCAUACGGGAGGAGCAGCCCUUCCCUCGCCCUGCCUGGCUGCAUGGACCCCCCCGAGACUUCCCUCAGCUGGCUGGGCAAGGCCAAGGAGAACGGCGCAUUCCGGAUCACCGUGGUCACGUGGAACGUUGGCACAGCCAUGCCCCCGAGCGACGUGACGUCCCUGCUGCACCUCAACACGGGCGACACAAACGACACCGACAUGAUCGCCAUUGGGCUGCAGGAGGUGAACUCCAUGAUCAACCAGCGCCUGAAGGACGCCCUCUUCACGGACCAGUGGAGUGAGCUCUUCAUGGAUGUGCUGAGUCCUUUCAACUUCGUACUGGUGAGCACGGUGCGGAUGCAGGGUGUGAUCCUGCUGCUGUUUGCCAAGUACUAUCACCUCCCCUUCCUGCAGAACAUCCAGACGGACUGCACCAGGACCGGGCUGGGCGGCUACUGGGGCAACAAGGGCGGGGUCAGCGUGCGGCUCUCCAUCUUCGGCCACAUGGUCUGUUUCCUGAACUGCCACCUGCCGGCUCACCUGGAGAAGGCCGAGCAGCGCAAGGAGGAUUUCACCACCAUCCUCAACAUGCAGCAGUUCGAGGGGCACGCAGCCAGCGGCAUCCUGGACCAUGACAUCGUCUUCUGGUUUGGGGACCUCAACUUCCGCAUCGAGAGCCUGGACAUCCGCUUUGUGAAGUACGCCAUCGACAACAGCAUCCUGAGCCAGCUGUGGGAGAGGGACCAGCUGAACAUCGCCAAGGGCACCUGGCCCAUCCUGAGCGGCUUCCAGGAGGGGCCCCUCAACUUCCCGCCCACUUUCAAGUUCGACGUGGGGACCAACCAGUAUGACACCAGCGCCAAGAAGCGGAAACCAGCCUGGACCGACCGCAUCCUCUGGAAGAUCAAGUCCUGCGGUGCCCCACACAACCCCGGCGGCCGGAGGCCCAGCAGGUCCAGCCUGGCCGUGACCCAGCUCUGCUACUGCAGCCACAUGGAGUACGUGGUGAGCGACCACAAGCCUGUGGCCGCCAUCUUCGCCGUGCAGUUUGCCUCCAAGACCGACAAGCCCUUGGUUGAGAUUCAAGUGGCCGACGAGUGGUCCAGACCUGAGCAAGCCAUUGUCCAAUACAAGAUGGCCACCAUCUUCCACAGGAGCUCCUGGGACUGGAUAGGUCUCUACCGGGUGGGCUUCAGGCACCACAAGGACUACGUGGCGUAUGUGUGGGCCAAACACGAGGACCCAGAGGGCAGCGUGUACCAGGUGGGGUUUUCGGAGGAGGCGCUACCCAAAGGGAAGGGCGAAUACAUUCUCGGUUACUAUGGCAACAACUACAGCGGCAUCACUGGGGUGACAGAACCCUUCCAGAUCUCGCUGCCCACCUCGGAGGAGGGCAGCAGCCAGACGGACAGCUCGAGCGCCAGCUCCGAGGAGGAGGACAACAGCACCCUGGUCCUGCUGGCGCCCAAGUCCCGCAGCCCCAGCCCCGGCAAGAUGAAGAGCCACCGGAGCCGCAGCCCCAGCCUCCCCAAGUUCCAGGGGCUCAUCCUGAGGCCGACGAGCCGCGAGCGGGGGGCCAGCCGCAGCCCGUCCCCGCAGAGCCGGCGCCCCGUGAAGGGUGACAUCCCCAGCAUCCAGCUGCCAAAGGAGGAGCCGCCCUGGCCCAAUGCCAAGAGCAAGGAGCCAGCGCGGGCUGCCGAGAACCGGGAGAGCAGCCGUGCCCCCGGCUACAGGACUGCGGGGGAGCCCUGCGGCACCUGGUGCCUCUCUGACGACAACCCCCUGGCCAGGGCCAACCCCAGGACCCUCGGCCUGCUGCCCGCGCUCCGCCUGGAGACUGUCGACCAGGCCAUGGGCCCGAGGAGGGCGAGCGCAGACCAGGGCUACCCUGCCAGGAGGAUGAGCCCCACCAGCCCCACCGCCAGGGCUGCCAACCUGUUCAGCACCUCGCCCAAAGAGGGGAGCGGCUCCAGGGACAGCCAGGACCCCCCGCCGGCUGCGGCCGCCACUGGAGCCAUGCAGGGCCGAGCAGCUGGCACCGCGCCGUGACUGCUGGGCCUGGCGUCUGCGCGCCCACGUGCAAUGAUCCCCGUGUAGAGCUUGCCGUGUGCUUCCUCGUGUGCCGCCUCUCCUGCCCGCACUGGGCCACCCCAGGUGCGCUGUGAUCCGUCCCUGCUGGUGUGACGUAGGCAACAGCCGUUCACGAGCCACAUGCCCUGCCCAGGGCUGCCCGGGCAUCGGCCACUGCACGGACGCUCCGCUGCCCACGGACGCUCCCCCCAGCCAUCCGCCCGCCGGGCCCGGUAGUGGGAGUGCAGUGACGCCCCAGCGGGGCUGGUGCCCAUUCCUCCGCGUUCGCUGUUCCAGCCGUGAAACCUCCCUCCCAGGAUGUGCGCCUGAGCCCCAGCUCCGAUUCCAUCCGCUCAGAGACGGGGCCUCGGGCAGCGCUCCCCGGGCAGCCCAGCGCACGGACUCCGUCGGGCAUGAGCAGGGCCAGGGAGUUGGGACACGGGGCAUGGCAGGGCCCCUGGCAGCAGUCAGUGGCGAUGCCAGGGGAUGCGGGCAGGGCUGGCAGCCUGAGGCUACCAGGAUGUGGCUGGGGGAGCUGGCUGUGAGCGGCUGCAGCCUGAGUCCCCCGUGCGCGGUGAGCCCAGCCGGAGCAGAGCUUUCCUUUGCCGCACGGCUGGGCCAAGCCCACUGCCCACACCCACGCGGAGCAGGCUGGGGAAGAGGAGCGACAGUGGGGUGGCCCCAUGGCCCAGACGACAACAUGGACAGGGAGGGAGGUGUGAGGAGCCUUGUGGGGGCCCAGCUGGUGUCUCCAAGGGGGAGGGUGCCAGGCACCCAGAGGGGCAGGAGGGCUGAGCGCUGGCCCUGGGGGGGCUGGUUCUGCGGCUGCGUGGGGAGCAUGUCAGGGUCACUCGGGGCAGUAGCCAUGACCCACGUGGCUGGGCCUGGCAGGGCGAUGGGGGCACAGGGACAGGGUGAGGGGAGACUAGAGCAGAGGGGGACAGGACAGAGCCACGCAGCACAAGAGGGGUCACUGACCCACAGCUGUUAGCACCACAGAGCCUGGCCUGGUCCUGCAGCACAAGUGCCCAUGCGGGAGGGAACAACCCAAAGCUGCCAGGGAGGGCGCGGGCCUGGCUGCCCCCGGGCCCAUGGCUCGUCAAUAGGGCGGAGCUCCCACACCAGGUCCUACCACAUUGCAGCUCAUGGAAUAAAUGACCCACCCCCAGGUGCCCACCCAGUGCUUUGAUUUGGUGAACUGGUAUCUGCAGGGGGUCUGGGGCUGGCUAGUGGGGCCUGCAGCCCCCAGGCUCAGGCACUGCUCCCAUAGCAGGCCUGGGCUGGCUCAGCAUUUGCAUGGUGUUGCUCAGUAGGGGGCCCUCCCCUGGCAAUCCGUGCCAGCCCCCAUGCCCCAGCCCAGCACUGAGGGGGCCUGUGAAAGCGGGGUGCUAGGCACAGGUGGUCCCUGAUGGCUCAGCCUCCCUUUGUGCCACACCAGGGAGCUAGUCGGGGGGGUGGGGGGGUGUCACACCAUUCUGCCUCGGCCGCUUGUCCCGCCCUGUGCUGGGAGUGCAGUGGUGGGGGUCAUGGCCCCCGCGGGUGCAGCUCACUGCAUGUGCGGGGACCCCAAGUGCCCCCACCCUCAGCACAGGAGCUACACAGGCUGGAGCUGGCAGCGCAGAGGUAGGAGGUGCCCCAGGCGAGGUGUGGGGGCCCUGACUCCCCACAACGUAGCAGACAAGCUCAGUUGCUGCCCCACGUCUGAGGCCUUCCUGAGCUGGGCUCCCCUGCCCCACACUGCCCUUCGGGGCGGGGGGGGGGGGGGCUGAUAGCUUGAAGUCAGUGCUGUUCCCUCCCUCCCUCCCCCAGGGAAGUUGGGGCCCUAGGUCCUGUCCCCUCACUCCCAUGUGCACAAUGCUUCUCCCCCCACCCAGCCGCGUGCGCACCCUGGCUCCCCUUGCCCCCCCCAGCCGUGUGCGCCCCGACUCCCCUAGACCUCCCCCCCCCAGCCGCGUGCGCCCCCUGGCUCGCCCCCCAGCCGCGUGCACACCCUGGCUCCCCUGCUCCCCGUGGCCCCUCCCCGCUGUGCAGGGUGGGGGCUGGCUUGGCCUGCCCUGCCCUGCCCUUCCCUGUAGACCUGGGGAGGAAGAGGCCACAGUCCCCUGCAGGCAGCCCUCCCCCACUCCUCUUCUGCUGGGGGCCUGGCCUGGCCGGGGUACCACGGAGGGCACAGAACGAGGGGGGAGGCACAAGAGGCUGAUGGGACAGAGACGUGGCCCUGCUACAGGCCCCGCCGGGGGCUGCUCGACCCACCCCGGGCCCCAGCCCCAGCAGCCCAGCCCAGGAGACAAGGCAUGAAGGAAACUUUAUUGCUGCAUUAUUUACAGAGCAAUGGCCCAUGGCCCAUGGCCCACAGCUCCAUGCCUGCUUCAGGCCCCGCCGGAACAGCCCCCUCUGCCCCAGGCCCAGCCACAGGAGGGGCAGCGCUGGGGGAGGGCUGCAGCGUUAGGGGGGAAAAGAUGUAAAAAAAUAGGCUCUGUAGGAAAGCUGUCAGGGGCCCGCUCUGCCCCAGGGCUGGGAGAGGGGGCUCUGCCCCCCACC